AUGCAGUUUGGUGGGCACGAUCUGCAGCUUCAUAAGAGGCAGCUGCAUCUGAGGUGUGAAUACGGAGAAGAUGGAACUGAUGUUGGAGUUGAUGAGCUUGUUAUGGAAGAUGGCUUGCAGUACUUGGCAUUGGAGAAUGAGGCUUUCGUUGAGGCAUUUGGCGGUACCGAAAACCUACACAAAGCAAUGCCUAGGGAGACAGCACGCUACAUUGAAGCUGGAGUAUUGUCAGCGCGGUUACAUGACUUUGUCUCGUUCUUACAGGAGGAGAUCAACAAGUUCUCGCCCACGCACAUCAUCUUCAACGAUGGCUUAUCUAUGCAAGCUACCUCGGCCUUGCGGAUGCCUCGAAUCAACGCCCGUCGCAUUGCUGUCAUACAUACGGCUGAGCAACUCCCCUUUGGGCCUUUCGCUGGUGGCAUGCCUGGCAUGUUGAGCUCGCCGCACGAGGCUAAACUCCUCCAAAAGCUUGAUGGUAUCUGGAGCGUUUCCGAAGCCAUCAAAAGAUACGCAAUCGAUCACGGGAAGCUUCAGACCAGCUUCUUCGUACAUCAUCCGUGGACCUACCUCGAAGAGCGAAAUCACGAGCUGCCUUUGCGUCUCGACAACUGGAACAAGAAGUUCAUCGGUAUGAUCAAUCCCUGCCCUGUUAAGGGCGCUCGGAUUUUGGUUGGUCUUGCCAAAUCCUGCCCACAGCACAAGUUCCGGGCAUAUAAGAGUUGGGGCUUUGAUGACAAGUGUGGCCGACAGAUGCAAGCCCAGAAGAACAUCAUCAUUCGCCCCACAUGCAAAGAUACAGAUGAACUCUGGCGGAACAUCAAACUGCUUCUCGUCCCCUCCCUCUGGUUUGAAGCCUGGGGAAUUGUGACGGUCGAAGCUCACCCUCGUGGUAUUCCCGUCAUCUCCUCUAAUGCAGGCGCGCUUCCUGAGUCCAUGCUCGGACUUGACCACGUUAUCCCAGUCAACACCAUGAACGGGGAUUGCGACGAAGAAGGCGCAUACAUUGUUCCUAACCAAGAUAUCGCACCCUGGGCGAGCGUCGUCAACAAGCUUAUGAGUGACGAAGAUCAAUAUAAAAGACUGUCAGAUAAGGUGCGCAGCACGACGGAACAGUGGCUUAGGGAUGUGGAUGAGAAGGCGCUAGAGAAGUGGUUGACAAGCUUGUAA